AUGUUCGUCAGCUCCUUCCAGGAUUCUCGGGACAGCCAAAAGUUCUCCGCUCCCCUCAGCGUUCCCUCACCUCGCACUCUGCAACAGCAAUCACAAUCCACUUCGAGGAACCCGCAGUCGCAAUCGCUGACCCCCGUGCCAGCAGCGGUUGACUCGGACUCCUUUCCCCUCCUAUUUGAGGCCGUAGAGAUCGCUAAUUCCAAUGCUACCGGGACUGGUGGUUCUGAAUUGUUUGGAUUCUAUGACAACAUUGACGGUCUCCAAGACGGUGCU